AUGCUGGCUGGACAUGCGUCCAGAAAGAACGUCUGGCACUGGCUCGGACCAGCCAUCCUCGCAUGUUCGCCGCUGCAGAUUUCCCGCACCGAUUUGUUGGAGUUCGCAGCGUGUCCAGAUAGCUUUUACGAGGGAGGGCCCUGGCAGAUCAGGGCGGAGCGGCGCGGCAACGCCUGCGGCGUGGCGUCUUCCGUGCGGCCGGAGAGGGGCUCCAGAGAGCCUUCGGAGAACCCCAAGAUGGAUUGCUCCAAGGCCAUUGGCAAGAAAGCCUCGAAGCGGCCCCCCGGUGGCGCCAAGACGGUGCAGCGCGGCGCCGGGCACGCGGCUUCGCCCCCGGCGCCCCAGCAGCCGACCGGCCCGCUGUUGCCCCUUGAGUCCGACCUGGACGUGGAGAGCAGGACGCGGCUGGAUGCUGUGGCGGAGGAGGUGUUCGAGGCAAAGGUCAGGAGGCUGCUGGAGCAGCAGACCAAGACCAUCCUAGAUGCCAUCCGGCAGUGCAGGUCCGAGUAUCGAUCUCCGCAACACCGCGAUGGGUAUGUCUGUACUCACUGGCGGGUAUUCCCGGAGAGACGAGCCCCAGAAAGCUGCCGCCUCGGGGCGCUCCUCUCGGACACGACAGCGCUGCCCGCACUGGGAAGGACUGCCGAUUGCAGGUCGCCGGGUCGCUGGCCAAAAUGCCCGUCAGUGGAGUCCUGA